AUGUCGGUUGACUACCGUCCUUCGGUGUGGAGCAGCGCUAAGCAAUUCCUGGCCGACUCUCUCGGGAAGGAUGGUCCUAGAACGAAGGUUGUUGCAAAAGAGUCGUCGGCGGAGGAAGCAAAGUACCAGAAGAGAAGAAAACAAGUGAGAGAAGCUCAGAAGAAGUACAGGAAUAAACAGGGACACUACGUCCUGGCUCUCGAAGCACGCCUUGUCGAACUACAAGCAGACUUUGCAACCGCUAAGAAAAGAGCUGCGUGCAUGGAGGCCGAAAUUGAACGUCUGAGAUCCUCACCAUACGCAAAUCCUUCCUGGUCAGCACUGCAGAAAGACUCAAUAGCAUGGACACAGGUCUCGAAUACAUCGUACGGUGCCCAAAGACUGAGUGUCGAACUUGACAACCUUGUACUGCCUGGGACAUCGCGCCAAGAUCUUCUAUCGGAAGAUCUCACCUCCCUCGCCAAGGGCUCUUCUGUCAACGAGCUCGAGCUUACUCAGCUAGGCAUUAACUUUGUUUUGUUCCUUGAACGACCGUGCCUUGGGCAUAUCACCUCGACCUCUUCCGAGUAUCUCGAGCCCUGCAACCAUGGUUUCCAGCUGCAGUACCAUCUCCUUGCUCGAAGAGACAACAAUGGCGCCCGGGAUUCGGCUCUGCGUUGGCCCGUGCCGCAGACUGAACUAAGCAAUCUGUUAGCCCUCAGUCCAGACUUGACGCCUUGGCAGGAAAUUACUCCCAUCCAGAUGUGGCAGCAGAUUAAGAGUCAUCCUGGAUUUGAAGCUUGUGCUGCAGCGAGUUUUCGUGAACUUGUAUCGCAACUCUCGAAAUCGACCCGAUGUUAUGGUUUCGGUGCCGUCGUCAGUCAAAGCGCUUUUGCGAAAGCUCUGACUAGUCACCUCGGAUAG